UUUUGCGUGUCCACUCGGCCGAUGAGUUCGAAAAUCUCGACAUUCACCAUGUGCUUCUCCAGAAGCUUCCCCGUCCUCCCGCGCGAGAAUGAGUCCCUCAUUUUGACGCAGAACGCAGCUCAAUCUUGUCCCCAUUGUCGUCAUCUAAUGAGAUCUUACCUCAACGCAGAUACAACCAGCAUCUCCUCUCCACCUACCUCUAAUCCCAUCCACCCUCUCUCAUAUACCUCUUCGAUCCGAAACUCUGUUACAACUUACCUCCUCAUGCAGCAUUAA